GCGCCCCCUUUCGCUCGAGGAACGACAAAGCAACGAUGAAGCACAAGCAGCCCCUGCUUGUGUUUAUGUCGGUCUUGCUGGCCUCCUGGACUGCUGCACAGUCAGAAGGCACCGUGUCACGUGAAGGCACUCACUCUUCGCACUUCUUCUCCGGUCAUCCGCCUGCGCGUGAGGAGCCUCCACCCAAGAUACAACGAUUAGGUGAGGGUGGAGGACAGACACACCGCCACGCAUCCGCAUGUUUUGUAUGCUGGCUGCAGUGGACAAGUUCACCCCUGCCUGUCGAUGGCACCUGCCCCUGACCCUCUCCCCCUUUCCCGCCACUCUGAGAGUGACCGACAUCCCCAAGAAAACCAUCGUCAAGCUCAUCUACUCGGGCCUCCCCGUCCCGCCCGUUGGCCAGGCCAACCAUGCUGACUACUGCGUGGUGCACUUCUUCGACACAGAGGGAAACAAGGCCAACACAAUCGACUUGCAGGCGCUGUGCAGUCUCAACGGGCUGUUUGACUCGGUGAGUAUCUCGUCUAUGUUUCGUGUGACGUACUUCGGGACGGUGCCGAUGCAACAUGACUGGAUUGGGUGGAGGGGGACGGCAGCCAAGAACGGCCAUGCGACGUGUCCGAUUCGCAUCAGUAAGAGACAACAACACCAAGCGAUCGUCACAUGUCCCUUAAUGGCAUGUGGGCUUGCAGAGUGCGGUACGCCCGAGACGACCAGCCCUGGCUUUGUGCCUCCGCCGUCGACCAGGCCGCCCUUUGAUUUCGAGGAUCCCACCGAAAGACCUGUCUUCAGUUUCACAACCACAGCAGUACCCACCUCGCUGCAGCCUGUGGGGAACACCACCACUGCCCCCGUCCUGACCAGCACGGCGGCCGUGCCAUCAACAACCACAGAGAGGGUUACAUCCACUGCACUGCCCAGCACCACGACUGGAAAGCCCUCGACUGUGCUGCCGACGAGCACGCCAAGCACGACGGCAGCGCCUACAUCUACAUCAAAACCAACGACGACAACACAGCGUGUGACGACAGUGAAGCCGACCACGCAUUCCCCGCCGCUUGUGACGACGAGAGAGCCGACGACAGAGAGGGUCACGUCCACUGCUCUCCCAACGCCGGCCGUCACGACAGAGAGGGUGACGUCCACGGCUCUCCCAACGCCGGCUGUCACGACUGCGGCGCCGACCACUACAGUUGUGCCUGUGAGCACCACCCCACCUCCCCCUGCUCCGGGUGCGACAGCGAGAUACACGAGGACAAUUGUCGGUUGCCUCUAUCCAUUGUGUAUUUCCCAUUUCCUCUCUGUCUCUUUCCAGCCAACAGCACUCUCUUCGUGUCCAGCUUCCUCUCUGACCUCGUCUUCUCCUACCGCGGAGACACUGGCGAACUCGACAAAGUCAUGAUCGCCCUCGACGACAAAAAUGCGGAGGUCCUGCGGGCCCCGACAGGCAUGGAUCUCUCGCCCGACGGCAUCCUGCACGUCGGAUCGUUCCUCACCGGAGGCGUGCUCAAGUUCGAUCCCCUCACCGGCGACUACCUGGGCCAUCUUGUGUCCCCGAACUCAGCAGCCAGGCUGCUGGGCGUCGUGGGGGUGGCAUUCGGUCCUGAUGGGCACCUCUACGCGACGUCAUUCCAGGCAGGGAGACGAAACACGACAACAGGAAACCACCCAGAGAGAGCCCGUGUCUCCCGUAUUGUGUCGAAUCAGGAUGCCCGUGUGGUCAAAUUUGAUGGCAAAACGGGCGAGUAUUUGGCAGAUUUCGUCACUCGCCCCAAGUCGGGCGGCCUGACGGCUCCAGCGGGUAUCAAGUUUUCCCCCCACGACGGCGACCUCUACGUGGCCUCGGCGAGCGACAGUGUGAUUUUUCAGUACAACGGCACCACAGGAAAGUUCAUCGACGUCUUCGCCUUCGACCCAACUGCAUACACAAGUAAGUACUCCUGUCAGAGACACAGCUCGCAUUCGUGUCUCUGUAUCUCAUGUCUCUCUUACACGCACAGCGACCGACCUGGCCUUCCACAAGAACGAUCUCUUCGUGACAUGCUUCGACUCAUCCGAAAUUCUCCAUUUUGACCGCCGGACCGGCACAACGAAAGGCGCCAUCAUCAACCGAGACACCGCUGGAGCCCUCAGAGGCCCACAAGGAUUGACCUUCGAUUCCGACGGCCACCUGUAUGUUGCCGAAGGCGGCCACCUCGGCUCCUCUCGUGUCCUCAAAUACUCGGUCGUGAGCGGCCCUCCUGGGGUGAGGGCGUCUUAUGAGGGUGACUUCGUGCAGCCUGGCGCGGCGGGGCUCCUUGACCCAUUCGAUGUGGUGUUUGUUGAAAGGGGGGAAGUCCUUCGGCGGCAAUCGCCGCCAAGUGGCUGACCUCGCCUGACCUGACCUGGCCUUUUCGUCUUUUUCAUUGUCCAUUUCGUUGUUUGCCGCAUGUCGUGUGUAUGUGUGAGUGAAAUGUCGUCUUGUUGUUCGCCAACGACACCGGUUGUUCUCUCUCUCACUUUGUCCACUCUGUGCUGUGCGGGGCGGGUCUGGUCUGCCAAAAGAAGGAGGGAAGGAGAGUGGUGGGUCGGGGGUAAUGCGCCUUGAUCAGUGAUUUCUGCCGAAGCUGCUGGUCGACUGCCUGACUGCCGUGUACUGUGUUCCCUGGAUGGAUGGAUGGAUGGAUGCGUGUGACCGAUCGCAGCUAAUAAGGCGGCCCCAAUGUCAUUUUUCUUAUGUGUGAUAUGAGAAGGCGCUGCCCUGGCAGCUGCGGCGCGCCGCUGUCAUGCAUGUAAGAUGGGCCAUCCAUGCAGCUGUCGUGUACAUGCUUUCUUCUGGAACACCGCCUGGCUGACAAAAUUCAGUCCACUUAAUCCAA